GAGUGAGUGAGUGUGUGAGAGAGUGGCUGGAGAGUGAGUCAAGCCUGGUCCCCCAGGCUCUCUGCCUGGCCAGUCCCCACGUUUGAUGUGAUCUGAUUGAAUCUGGACCUGAGCUGAGCUGAGCUGAGCUGACCUGGCCUCUCCUCUCCUCUCCUCGCCUGGAUGCAGUGAUGGGUUGCUUCUGCGCUGCACAGGAAGAAUUUUAUUGCGAAGUUUUGCUUUUGGAUGAGACCAAGCUGACACUGACCACCCAGCAGCAAGGGAUAAAAAAGUCUACCAAGGGAUCUGUUGUCCUGGAAUAUGUAUUCAGACAUGUAAACUUGAUGGAGACAGAUUACUUUGGCUUGCGUUAUUGUGACAGGAGUCAUCAAACGUACUGGCUGGAUGGCACCAAAACCCUUGCCGAACACAAGGACCUCAUAAACACUGGCCCACCCUACACAUUAUAUUUUGGUGUAAAGUUCUAUACAGAAGAUCCUUGUAAACUUAAAGAAGAGAUAACAAGAUACCAGUUUUACCUACAGGUCAAACAGGAUGUCCUCCAAGGCCGUCUGCCGUGCCCAAUCAACAUUGCUGCACAGUUGGGUGCAUACGCUAUUCAGUCUGAGAUUGGCGACUACGAUCCUUAUAAGCACAUGGCAGGUUAUGUAUCUGAAUAUCGCUUUGUUCCUGAUCAGAAGGAGGACCUUGAAAAGGCAAUUGAACAAAAUCAUAAAGCAUUAACGGGUCAAGUUCCUGCUGAGGCAGAACUGAAUUACUUACAAGUUGCCAAAUUAUUAGAGAUGUAUGGAGUUGAUCUCCAUCCUGUUUUUGGUGAAAACCAGACUGAGUAUUUUUUAGGAUUAACACCAAUUGGAGUUGUUGUCUACAAGAACAAAGUCCAGGUUGGAAAGUAUUUCUGGCCAAGAAUCACCAAGGUGAAUUUCAGAGAAACACAGUUUGAGCUAAGAGUGCUGGGCAAGGAUUGUACUGAAACAUCCUACUUCUUUGAGCUGCCCAACAAAGCAGCCUGCAAACAUUUAUGGAGGUGCUGUGUGGAAUACCACACAUUUUUCAGGCUGCCCGAAGCUGAUGAGUAUUCCAAUCCUAUGUCACGGAAACUGAGCAAGCUGGGGUCUCUUGGUUACAAACAUCGGUACAGUGGCAGGACUGCGUUUCAAGUGAACCGAGACCAGUCCGUCGAGCUUCCGCGGCCUGACCAGAAUGUACAGAGAACACGUAGUAAGACAUACCCCAAGCGGACACAUCCGUCUCAGCAAUCAGGUCCAAACAGUGUCGGCCACAGUAACAUAAAAGCAGAGCAGGUGGAAUGUGAUGGUACCACCAAGAUUAUCGCUCCCUCACCAGUGAAAAGCUCUAAGGUAACAAAACCGGAAUGUAGUCCAGAGGCACGACAACAGAGAAGCAACGCUCCGUGGGAAGAAAACGGUCCCCAAAGUGGGAUGUACAUUUCUCCAAAUGAACGUAACAAAUCACCAAAAUUCCCUCACCCCAGGCGGCGGACUCCUUCUGGCGGAAGUGACAAUGAAUCAGGACAGCCUGGGAGACGACGGAAAAGCCAACACAAUGGUGAGGAUACUGAUCCAAAGCAACAGAGGAGAAGGUCUCGAUCCCGUGGGAACACCAGUGGCAGCGGGAGUGAGUCUGAAAAUUCCAGUAGAGAGCGUAAAAGAAGAAACAGGUCACGCCAGGAGAAUGAGAUGGUGGACUCUGCCCCUCAGUGGGAACAAGUGCUGAGGAGGCAAAAGGAACGGUCACUGGCUGACCCCAACCACAGACGUUCAAAGCAUAGAUCACGAUCAAGAAGUCCAGACGUGCAGGCAAAGGAAGAACUAUGGAAGCACAUUCAAAAGGAACUGGUGGAUCCAACUGGCUUAACAGAUGCGCAGCUGAAAGAGAUUCCAUACACCAAAGUAGCGACUCAAGGUGACCCCAUCCGCAUCAGACAUUCACAUUCACCUCGAAGCUUUCGUCAGUACAGACGCUCGCAGUGCUCUGAUGGAGAGCGAUCAGUACUAUCUGAAAUAAAUUCUAGGACUGAUCUAGUGGCCCCACUGCCCGUGACCCGUGCCUCAGAUGUUCAGGGUCCUCACGCCUCACCAUCAACACUGCAUCAAAAGAAAGACAAAUCUGAAGGUAAUGCAACAGAAAGAAAGGCACAAGGAUCAAGUGAUGACUGGAAUGCAAAAUAUAGCAUUAAAACGUCUAGAACCAUACAAACCCCACGGAUAAAAGCAGAGACUUGAUUAUCUUUACACCGAUGACUGGAAAAGAUAUUGGCGCACUGUGAUCUAAAACUGUUGAGGUUUCUGCACACCACAACAACGAUGCCUUGAGCGAAAACUGAGUUUGAAAUUGUUUCUGUGUCAGUGUAACACAGUAUGUUUAUGGGCAACUUUAUAGACUGGUGUCAUACAAACCUAAGCUGUGCUGUAUGACAAACCUUUUUUUUAAAAUGUUGAUUUUCUUUAUCAGUGGCUCAAUUGCAAAUGACCAUUAACUAGUAAUGAAAAUCAUAUUCAUGACACAUUAUGGGACCAGAAAUCUUUUUUUAAUAUUUUUUAAAACACAGGUAUACCUGAUUUUCCUGUAUUUCGGUAUGUACCAAACUGUCCUUAAAACACAGGUUGCCAUGAUGUGAACAGAUAUAGAGCUUAUGAAAUUCAGUUUUAUACUGGAAUGUUUAUCUACUGUAUUAAAGGCUUUCUACAUUAGUGCAUCACCAUUUUAAAAUGAUACUCAAUUGGGCGCAAUAAUUAAAAUUUGGUGGGAAAGCUUAACAGUAAUCUGGAUGUACCUUUUAACAGUGUUACUU